AUGGAAGCAAACAAGAUCUUGGAAUGGUGGACGGAGACCCAGAAAGUGCAGCAGCAGCAACAAAUGCAAGCACUACAACAGCUCCUCAGCCAGUUCCAGGAGCGGCAGGAGCAAAUGGCGCGAGGGACACCGGUGACGGUACCCGGGACAGCUGGAGGGCCCGGAGGCGGAGAGGGGGUCGGCACCCAACUACCUAUACGCCUCACGAAAUUGGGGCCGGACGACGACCCAGAGGCAUUUUUGGUGACGUUCGAGAGGGUGGCCACCGCUGCGAAAUGGCCACCAGAACAUUGGGCGACCCUCCUCGCACCCUAUCUGUCGGGGCCGGCCCAGCUGGCCUACCGGGGGAUGUCCGCCAAUGACGCCUUAUGCUACUUUAAAGUCAAGGAAGCAAUUUUAGAUCAACUAGGGGUCACCCCGGAGACCCACCGCCGGCGGGUCCGCGGGGCCAAGUAUGACCCUCGCGAACGACCACGGGCCGUGGCCCAGCGGGUAAAAGAAGCAGGGAUGCGAUGGCUCGAGCCUGAGGCGAAGACGGGGGUCCAGGUGGCCGACCUAGUGAUACUGGAGCAGUACGUCCGCAUCCUCCCGGCCGAAGGACAGCAGUGGGUCCGGCGACACCUCCCAGAGACACCGGAUGAGGCAGUGACCCUUAUGGAACACUACCUGGCCGCCGAAGGGCCGGUAGGGAAGGAAGCAACAGGGACCCCGAGAGAACCUCGGAGGAGUGAGACGGGGACGGCCAAGCCGGCAGGGGCCCAACACACCGGAGGAGGAUCCGGGAGCUCCCUGGGGCCCCUUCCGACAAGAAGGUUGGCACCACGGUGGAGCCGUCCAGGGGGGGAAGUCAGGAUGGACCGAGCAACGGAAACGGGGCCGGGCACCCCACUGCCCAAGGGGGCCCCGAAGGUAGUCUGCUACCAGUGCAGCCAGGAGGGCCAUUACAAAAGGGAUUGCACCCUGAUGGACUGCACCUUCGGGCAGCGGCGCACGGGAGGCACGGACAGGAGGACGGCUAGCGUGGCGCAGGUAAUCCGGAGACUAUGGGUCAAUGGGAACCCGGUGGAGGCCAUAUUAGACUCGGGGUGUGGGCAGACCAUCGUCCGGAAGGACGUGAUAUACCCAGUGCGGGCCCGGGGCGCGCCGAUAGCCCUCCGAUGCGUUCAUGGGGACAUCCACUACUACCCCACAACCCGGGUACGGAUAGGGGACGGGGAGGUGGAAAGGAACUGCAUAGUCGCCAUCGGCCCAAGAUUAGCAUACCCGCUCCUGCUGGGACGGGAUUGGCCCGGCCUGAAACGACUCCUGGGGCAGUGGGACAGGGGCAGGAACCCCGGACAGGAGCCCGAGGCGGGACAAGGGACCCUGGUAGCCCAAGGAGAGCAGGAGGGGGAAGAAGCGAGCCCAGGGGUGGCCCCGGCAGCUGAGACAUCGGGCCAGACCCGACUCGACGUCGAGGAGGGGGACUUCCUUACACAACAGCGGGAAGAUCCUACCCUACGGGCAGCCUGGGAGCAGGUGCGCACUACGGGAGAAACUCCAGGAGAAGACCCGCCCAAGCAACCGGAAGGGGCCCCGGUUCGAGUGGUGGGGACCCCCUUCGAACGGGUGGCAUUAGACCUAGUGGGGCCAUUGGAGAAAUCGGGGCGGGGGCACAGUUACAUCCUAGUCAUCGUAGACUACGCCACCCGUUGCCCCGAGGCGGUGGCCCUGAAAAGAGCUACGGCCCCCGCUAUUGCUGAGGCACUGGUCAAGCUGUUCUCGUGGGUCGGGCUGCCCAGGGAGCUGCUGACGGAUCAGGGGACGAACCUAACCUCGAAAGUUAUGACAGAACUGUGCAGGACUUUGCAGAUCCGGAAGCUCCGGACGUCGGUAUACCAUCCCCAGACCGACGGGCUAGUAGAGCGCUUCAACCGCACGCUGAAGGGGAUGCUCCGGAAGUUCGCCCAAGACGACCCCAGGGAAUGGGACAAGCUGCUCCCCGCACUGAUGUUCGCCGUCAGAGAGAAGUGGCACCCGCGGGAGGUCCUCCUAAUUGAACCCAGAGACACGGAUAUCGAGCUGGGUCCGUGGGGGGAGCCCGAGGUGAAAAUCGAGGGAGUAAGGAUCGGAGAGGAGCUACCGGGCCCGAAGCAAGAACAGCUGCACCACCUCCUCGAUCAGUUCAGGCCAGUAUUGACUAGCCGACCCGGGCAGACCACGCUGGUGCAGCACGAGAUCGAGACAGAACCCGGCAGAGUGGUGAGGGACAAUAUGCGCCCCCUUCCGCGAAAGUUAUGGGGCACGGUGAAGGAAGAACUCCAGGCCAUGCUAGAAUGGGGGGUGAUACAAGAAUCCCGUAGUGAAUGGCGAAGCCCCAUCGUGUUAGUACCUAAGGCGGAUGGGUCAACCAGGUUCUGCAUCGACUUCCGCAAAGUCAACGCGAUUUCAAGGUUCGAUGCGUACCCUAUGCCCCGUAUAGAUGAACUACUGGGACGCCUGGGCAGAGCCACCUACCUGUCAACCCUUGAUCUUACCAAAGGGUACUGGCAGAUCCCGCUCUCGCCCGAGGCCCAGGCAAAGACGGCGUUCGCCACACCUUUCGGGCUAUAUCAAUUUAGGAACAUGCCAUUCGGGUUGCACGGGGCCGCAGCCACGUUCCAAAGACUCAUGAAUCAGGUCCUGCGAGAGCACCAGGACUACGCGGCAGCGUACAUUGACGAUAUUGUGAUAUUCAGCGAGUCCUGGGAGGAACAUUUAGGUCACAUAACAAACGUGUUAGGAGCCCUGAGGAAGGCAGGGCUGACGGCCAACCCAAAGAAGUGCCAAUUCGGGAGGGCCGAAGUCUCAUAUCUGGGAUACACGGUGGGGAGGGGAAAGCUCAAACCCUUAGUGGACAAGGUUCAGGCAGUACGGGACCACCCAGUCCCAACCACGAAAAGAAAGGUGCGGCAGUUCCUGGGGCUGGCAGGUUACUACCGGCGGUUCAUCCCUAACUUUUCCUCGCUAGCAGCGCCUCUUACAGACCUUACACGGAAAGGACAACCAGAAAGGGUAAGGUGGACCCCAACCUGUGAGGGCGCAUUUCGAGAACUAAAAGACCGGCUGGUAAGCGCCCCCGUACUAGCUCAACCGGAUUUUAAUAAGCCCUUCACCCUUCAGACGGACGCGUCCGAAGUAGGACUGGGAGCGGUGUUGACGCAAGAGGAGGGGGGCGAGGAACACCCCAUCCUCUAUCUAAGUCGCAAGCUCUUCCCUCGGGAGAGGGGGUACGCGACAGUGGAAAAGGAGGCCUUGGCCCUCAAAUGGGCUAUUGACUCACUAAGAUACUUUCUCGUAGGUGACGAAUUUACCGUGGUGACGGACCAUGCCCCAUUGCAGUGGAUGCAGCAGAUGAAGGACACCAACCCACGGAUUUUGCGGUGGUACCUCAGCCUGCAGCCCUACCAAUUUCGGGUCAUACAUCGCCCGGGGACCAACAAUGGAAAUGCAGACUGGCUGUCCCGCGUGGCCGAGAGCUCGGAAACAGAGACGGCGAGUGGGGCACCAGACUUAAGGGGGAAGGCGUGUGGCGGGGUAGCCCCGCCCCUCCCGGGAGUCGCCGGCACGCCGCGGAGAGGGGGGGAGGACUCAACCCCCGGGACGGCACAGCCCGCCGCCUGCGGCUUCAGCGCAGGGAAGCCGGCGCCCCGGCCGGGGGACGAGCCGGGGCCGGCAGGUUAUGUCGCUGCGAUCUUUGAUGAGGAUGCCUCUGAGGACAAUGAGGAAUGGCUGCACUCAGAUCUGCUUAUCAUUGAGGAGGCAACGUGA